GUAAAUGAGUAAUUAGGGUUUUCAUUUGCUGUUUGUGUUGAGACUUUGGAAGCGGAAUUAUUUUCAAUUUUGCUGUGUUAACCGAACAAUACAAUACAAUUCAAGACAAUGAUUUACGACGUGAACUCACCACUCUUUCGAUCGUUCCUCAGCCAGAAGGGUGGCUCUUCUGACAAGAGGAAAAUGGAAGAGCAGAAACCAAAGGAACAGAGACCCAAAGCAAGCGAGAAUAAGCCUAUCAUGACAGAGUGAUAUCUACUUGGGCUAUCAUGUUUUAAACGGGUUAGGAUGCUAGAUGUUUUAAGGACCAUUAUAAAGGUCGGUUAUUACUUGUUUAAACCAUGGUUAUGACUUACUUGAAUAUGGAUGUUAAUUUGGUUUUGUAAUGGUCUCUACUUGAAUAUGGAUGGUUAUGACUUUGCUUUUGAGCAUGUAAUGGUCUCUGCUUGAAUAUGGAUGUUAUUUUGGUUUUGUAAUGGCCACAGUUCUUCUUUGAAGAUAUAAUCCACUCACUUGUUUUCCACUC